AAAUUGAUGCAGCAGUGAGGAUGCUACUGUCAUUAAAACUGUCAUAUAAAACAGCAACAGGGCAGGAUUAUCAGGCAGGCUUGCCUCCGAGAGAUCUUGCAUCAAUAAACAAUGGUACUAAAGAAGAGGAUGAGGACCUGGUGGACCCCUGGACUGUGCAGACCUCAAAUGCCAAGGGCGUGGAUUAUGACAAACUCAUAGUUCGGUUUGGCAGCAGUAAAAUUGACACGGACCUGAUCAAUCGAAUAGAGAGAGCUACUGGGCAAAAACCCCACCGCUUUCUACGCAGAGGAAUCUUUUUUUCUCAUAGAGAUAUGGACCAAGUCCUUCAUGCCUAUGAAAAUAAGAAGUCCUUUUACCUUUAUACUGGCAGAGGCCCAUCCUCACAGGCAAUGCAUGUUGGUCAUCUUAUCCCAUUUAUAUUCACAAAGUGGCUACAAGAAGUAUUUGAUGUUCCCUUAGUCGUACAGUUAACUGACGAUGAGAAAUACCUUUGGAAGGACCUGACAACUGAGAAGGCAUAUGAAUAUGCUAUAGAGAAUGUAAAAGACAUUAUUGCAUGUGGCUUUGAUGUCAAUAAAACCUUUAUCUUUUCUGAUUUAGACUACUUGGGGACAAGUACAGGAUUCUACAAAAACAUCGUCAAAGUUCAGAAACAUGUUACAUUUAACCAAGUGAAAGGAAUCUUUGGCUUUACAGACAGUGAUUGCAUUGGAAAGAUCAGCUUCCCUGCUAUUCAAGCUGCUCCAUCAUUCAGUUCAUCAUUUCCACAGAUCUUCAAUGGCAAGGAGAAUAUUCAGUGUCUUAUUCCAUGUGCUAUUGACCAGGAUCCUUAUUUUAGAAUGACUCGAGAUGUAGCACCUAGAAUUGGACUUCCUAAACCAGCUUUAAUGCACUCAGUCUUCUUCCCGGCCUUGCAAGGAGCACAGACAAAAAUGAGUGCUAGUGAUCCAAACUCUUCCAUCUUCCUCACUGAUUCUCCCAAACAGAUCAAGACCAAGAUUAACAAGCACGCGUUCUCAGGAGGUAGAGAUACCAUUGAAGAGCACAGGAAGUACGGGGGGAACUGUGAUGUUGACGUGUCUUUCAUGUACUUGACCUUCUUCCUAGAAGAUGACGACAAGCUUGAACAACUGAAGCAGGCCUACACAAGUGGGGAACUGCUCACGGGGGAGCUGAAGAAGGUGCUUAUUGAAACAUUACAGCCCUUGGUAGCAGCCCAUCAAGAGAGACGCAAACAGGUCACAGAUGAAGUGGUGAAGCAAUUCAUGACUCCACGGAAGCUGGCUUUUGAAUUUUGAAGAAAUGCCUAUGUAACUUCUCACUUGAUAAACCAAAAUCAAAUACUUGUCAUCUUCUGUUGUGUGUCAUCACUCCCUAGUUAUGCACAGGCUGCUAUCAGUGCUUUAUAAAUAUUGCUUUUAAUGAGUACGUACAAUAAACAUCAGAGUACAGAAAAAGUUUUAAAAUAUGACUCAUAACUAUUUAAAAAUAAAAUAUAUAAAUUGAGGAGCUGAUUCUAUACAAGACAGAAUUGUCUGAUCUUGCAGAAGCAUGUCUGUCAGUACAGGACCCUAUUUUUUUGUAUUUCAUGUUGAAAAUAUAAAUAAAAUUUCCAUUUUGAUGCUGAAGUCUAACUUGUAAAUUGUUUUAGAUAUGUUGA